AUGGUCAGUACCAAAGAACUCAGCACUCCGGUAGAACCUGAAGUCCUUGAGGAUCCUCCAGCUGUGCUAAUGAGGACGUGGUUACCCACAUUAUCCGCUCAACGUUGCGGGUCUGAGCGCUGGUACCAGGAGCCAAAAAUCCUCAGAGUAUAUCAACCUGUGAAGAACCGUGAAGAACCAUACCAUGCAGUACCAUUAUCUUUUAAACAAAUAAAAAAAUGUGUUUUCAGCUGUCUUCGGAAUUAUGAGGACCAGAGUCCACACCUCGUCACAGUGGUCAGCCAUCAACAAUCACCUCUAUCUUUCGCCUGGGAUCGGAUCAUGAGGGCGUCUGGCGUUGCAGUCGGUGUGUGGGCGUGCGUUCUGAUGAUGGGCGUGGGGGUAGACCCCUCCCCCGCCCCGUGCUGUAGGGGAGUUGGCACCCUGGCGGUCGGCGCUCUGGCUUUCACAGGGGGCGUCCUUGUUGCGAAGCACCAUUAUCAGCAUCAUCACGGGGGCGGCUGUUCCUCCUGCGGCUGCGGCGGCUGCGGCGGCUCUUGCGGCUGGUGCGGAGGCGGCUACUACGGAAGGAGGCGGCGCAGGAGUCUAGUCGCAUUCCUGGACGACGCGGAAGUGCGACUGGCUUAUAACACGAUCGCGGCCGAGGACAAGGACGAGUGCGGCCUCCGCCUGGUGUGCGAGCUGGCGCAGAAGGACCCGCGGGAGCUCGCCCAGGACGAGAUACAGAUCCUCCUGCCUUACCGCGGCGCAGGCCCGACUGACGGCAGUGCGUAUGGCACGUACGACGAAGCGGCGUGGCACGGCCAGGAGGGCCACAGCUGCGCCGCCAGCUACCCGCUCUGCGCCUUCACCGCGCAGCAGGUCAUGCAGGAAUACAGGGAAUACUCGUCGAAUAACACUGCCAUCAAUCAAUAAUGGAACUUUCGUUGAAGCAUGAGCAUUGAUAAGCGGAACUUGCGACUACCUUUGUUGUAACCGUCAAAAUUUUGUAUGCUGUUAAAUUACAAUA